AAUUAUUUUUUUUGCUUAAUGGUAGUUAUUAAAUAAUUUUUUUUAAAAAUAUAUAUUAUAUAUUUAAAACCAAAUUAUCAAGUUAAUUAUCAAUUGUUUUUAAGUAAAACAUUUAAAUUUUCAUAAUAAUAAUAAUGAGCAAAAUAAUAAUGGUUUUAACUGUUAUUUUUAUUAUUAAUUUAUUCUAUAUUGAAUUAGCAUCAUCAGACCCUCGUGGACCCAACGAUUGUGAUUCAGGAUUAGAGGAAUACAACGAUUGCGGUAAUAUCUGUCCCCUAACCUGUGAUAAUGUGCGCACCGGUAGCUACUAUAAUGAUUGCUAUCUAACGUGUAUAUCCGGCUGUUUCUGUAAGGAAUCGUAUGUAUUGGACGGUAACCAAUGCGUACAUAAUUCAACAUGCUUGUUAAAAGUAGCAUCGCCAGCAGCACCAGUAGCACCAGCAUCGCCAGCAGCACCAGUAGCACCAGCAGCACCAGUAGCACCAGCAGCACCAGUAGCACCAGCAGCACCAGUAGCAUCGCCACCACCAAAAAUAAUUGUAUAAUCUUACCCGGUUUAAUAUUAAAAUUAUAACAAUUAUUAUUAUUAUUAAAUAGAGAUAUUACUAUAAG